AUGCCGUUUGACACCAAAAAAGGUGGAGGAAUGGGGGAAGAAGACUUUUUUAGAAUUGGUGUGAUUGAUGCCUGCUUGAAUGUAUCAGGAAAUGUGCCAGCAGUAAGAGACUGUUUAAAGAGUUUUAUCAACAUACUGUAUAUAGAAGAGAUGAAUCAGACAAAGAUGACUUAUUUUAUUAUCAAGGGGAUUUCAGGCGUUCCUCAGCUCCAGGCUCCAAUCUUUCUUGUGGUUCUGCUCAUCUAUCUCACGACACUUGGCAGUAACAUGACUAUUCUUCAGCUGGUCUGCCAGGAUCCUCAGCUGCAUACGCCCAUGUAUUUCUUUCUGGGCAACUUGUCUGUCCUUGACAUGUCCUACACUACUCUUACCUUACAUAAGGUUCUUUUAACCUUUAUAUCUCAACAAAAUAGUGUUUCAUACCUUUCCUACAUUGUGCAAGUAUAUAUGUUUGGAUCAUUAGCAGUUAAUCAGUUGUUGAUACUGACUGCUAUGAGUUAUGAUCGCUAUGAGGCCAUCUGUAAUCCGCUGAGUUAUCACAUGACCAUGAGCCGUACAGUCUGUGUCUUGCUGGCCAUUUUCUGUUGGGUUUUAAGUUUCCUAGAAAGCGUACCAUAUCUUCUGUUAUUGGCACAAUACACUUGUUACAGAUCCAAUAUAAUUAAUCACUUCUUCUGUGAUGUUAUGCCACUUCUGAAACUCACCUGCAAUGACACAACAUUGUUUUAUAUCUUUGUUUACACUGAAGGUUUACUUGUUAUGGUUUUGACCCCCUUCAUGCUCACCUUUAUCUCUUAUGUCUUUAUCAUCACUGCCAUCCUGAAGAUACGAUCUAGUUCUGGAAGACGUAAAGCCUUCUACACUUGUUCUUCACACCUCACAGUCGUUAUUCUUCUCUAUGUGUCUCUCACCUGCCAAUAUAUAAAGCCCUCUGCAAAGGACAUUUUGGAUGACAAUAAGAUGCUGUCUCUAUUUAACACUGCUAUUGUCCCCUUACUGAACCCAUUGAUAUACACCCUAAAAAAUAACGACGUGAAGUCAGCACUGAGGCGUAAAUGGAAUACUUUUAAAACUUUUUCAUGA